AUGAAUACAAUAUACUACUCAGGUUCUAUGGGAGAGACGAUCAUAGGGAUAUGUUUACUGCAGGCAACACAUGUUCAUAAUAAACUUGCGAUAAAAAUUAUAGAAAAAUUCCCAAAGCUGGUCAAUGAUAUCAAUAUAUCUGAGGACUACUACGGGCUAUCGCCAUUGCACCAAGCUGUUAUCAACCAAGAUUGUCACAUGCUAUAUACGUUACUUAAGAAAGGCGCUGAUGUAAAUGCCCGAUGUUAUGGGGCCUUCUUUUGUGCCGAGGAUCAAAAGGCUAGCCGUACGGAUUCGCUUGAGCAUGAAUAUGUUGAGCUCUCGCCAAAGACUAACUACACUGGGUAA